UCAGUGGCUGUGGACUCCAAAAAGCGUUUAUUGUGAAUUAAUCUCUACAGAUUUUUUAUUUUUCGAAAGUCACUGCAAAGUAGUCACAGAAAUGUUCCUGACAAAUGUAUUACUGAAAAAAGCGAAAAGCAAGGCUAUCAUGGUGGUAAUGGAGAGUGUGAUAAGCGGUCACAAACGCACAGCGGUACGAGAGAGACUCGGAGAUAAAUUGGAGUUCGUCGUAUACGAUCCCUACAUGAGAAUGGAGUGUCUCUACAGGGAGUUGAAGAAAAUAAGAAGCGUGUAAUCUGCAUUCAAUCCAAGACAUUUUCCAUGAUCAAACAAACCGAUCGAUCUCGUAGCUACUUACCCUACAAUUUAUCAAUUUCACACAAUCAUUUCCUCUUGAGCUCCACAUUCAUCAUUAAGUCAUCCUGAAUUUCUAAGACGUCGCGUGUCAAUUGGAAACCUGUAAAAAAAUCGUUAUGUUACUCGAAAAAAUAAAUAAUAUAUUAAUAUCGAA